CGGCUGUCUGGGCUGGCCAUGCCACGGGAGCCGGGGCACUACCGGUUCCUCCUGGCCCAGGGCGUGCGGCACCUGGUGUCACUGUCAGAGCGGCCACCCCCGCACCAUGGCUGCUGCCCUGCUGUCCAGCUCCACCGGCUCUGUGUACCUGACUUCACCCCCCCAACGCCUGGGCAAAUCCAGACCUUCCUGAAGCUGGUGGAGGAGGCCAACGCCCGUGGGGAGGCCGUGGCAGUUCACUGCAUGCUGGGCCACGGCCGGACUGGCACCAUGCUGGCCUGCUACCUGGUGAAGGCAGAGAAGAUGAGCGGGGGCGACGCCAUUCGGGAGAUCCGGCGACUGCGGCCUGGCUCCAUCGAGACACAAGAGCAGGAGGAUGCAGUGAUCCAGUUCUGCCAACGCCUUCGGUAG